AUGCCAUGUGCCGUUGCUAUCGGCAUUAUUGGCAAUCUUUUAUCUAUAUUGGUAUUUGCACGUCGUGAAAUGAUUAAAUUUUGUGUAUCGAUAAUUACAAUUGUUCUUGCAGUUAGUGAUAUUCUUUUGUUAACUACUUCAUUAUUUAACAUAAUUUUGCCGGAUUUUCGUGGUGUAUCAUUGUCAGAUGAAUCGGCAUUUUGGUGUCAUUUUCAUGGCUAUUUCGAUCUUCUAUUUGCUGCCGUAAGUGGUUAUUCAGUUGUAUUUAUAUCAGUUGAAAGAUGGUUUUCUAUCUGGAAACCAUUUGAAAAAUCGAAAUAUGUUACAUUUAAAUCAACAUUAAUCACUGUUAUCAGUUAUAUCUUAAUAUCAAUAUUUGGUUUCUCAUGGUUUCCAUUCACAUUAAAUUAUAAUCCAGAUCAACCUAAGCCUGAAGAUACAUGUGAAUUAUUACGGCCAACUGUAUAUAAAAUCCUUGGAACAAUAUCAGUUAUAUUUACUUAUAUUGUACCAUUCUUUUUUCUUGGUGUACUUAAUAUUCUUAUCGUUUAUCGUUUACAUGCUCGUCAAAAUACAGUCAUACAACGUUCACUCAUGCAAUCAAGUAGUACAUUUACUAAUGAUUCAUCAUUCGGAUCAUCAUCAACACGUAAAAGACAACAAAGACAACGAAAUACUGAUCGAAAUAUAACAUUGAUGUUGAUUGCUGUUGCUAUUGCUUUUAUGGUUAUGAUAUUUCCAUAUCAAAUCUAUUGGUUUUAUAUGCAAAUUCGUCGAUUAACUGUGCAAAAUAUUACUUUAGUUACAUUAACACAAACAUUUCGUUAUUUAAAUUGUUGUUGUAACUUUUUUCUUUAUUCAGCUACAUCAUCAUUAUUUCGUCGUGAGUUACGUGAAAUAUUUCAAUUGACACAUUCAUUAAAAUCAAAUCAAAGUAUUAAUAUUAAUGAUGAUAAACGACCAAGACGAGUAUCAAGUCUAGCACUUGGUUCACUUGAUAAAAAUCAGAUAUUAGCUGAACGUCGAAAUCUUUUAUCACCAGUAUCAAAACAAGCAUCAUUAACAAAAACAACUGUAGAACAUUUUAAUUUUUCAGAUACAAUAAAUGGCAAUAUGGCUUCGUGUAAAACAUAA